AUGGCCACCAGUGUCUACAAAGCUAUCCAUGGGUAUAAAGUCCCAACAGGAAUAGGAGAGCUAUUGCAUGAACGAUCAACUAAUUAUAAUCUUAGAGGAAAAUACAUCCUUGAGCUACCCAAAGUAAAUACAAAAUAAAAUCAGAACAUUUAAGAACUCGAUGUCUAUGUUUGACUUCUCCAAUUUUACAUUUUAAUUGUGAUUUAAUUGUAUAAAUAUAUUUUUAUAGAGGUUUUUAUGAGAAAUCUUCUCUUUCUAUUAUUAUUUCUAGUUUAUUUAUUUCCUUUUUAUGGCAUGUGUGUAAAGUAGCUAAUUAGCUAAGAACAUUUGACCACGUUAAAUAAAGAUUGUUGUUAUUGUUGUAUUGUAUUUCCAUUGCAAAAAACCAAAAAUUACACAAUAUCGUGACUGCUGCCCUUAGUUUGAGAGAUGACUAAAUGUCAAAUACAAUGCAACCUUGAAGUAAUAUGUUAUUGCUGUAUUUUUUUUUGGCAGUUACAUGUGUCUUGUACAUUAAUUGUUUGGUUCUAAUACUUGGUCACAAUACAUAAUUGCUUAAUGAUUUCAACUUAAGAUAACACAGAGCAUCACAGAGGCAGAAGUAGAAAUUAUUACUAAAGGAUGCCAGCAGAAAGCCCUUCAAAUGUGGCAACUUUGGUAAGAUAAAGUAUCAUAGUCAUUAAAAGGAAAACCAAAAUUUAAAGAAAUGAUUGGAGUUAAACUGUUCUUCCACUGGAGGGAAAUUAUUUUGAAUCAUAUCUUCUCAAUUCCAGCAUUCUAGAAAAAGAAAUGUUUUCAUACUCCUCCCCUUCCCCCUAGUUUCUCCUAGUGUUCAUACACAAAUGCAGCCUUGAGCUAAGGACUCAGUCUACAAAACUCUUUAACAGUCAUAGACUGCUAAUCACUUUUUUUUUUAUCCCUUUUACAAGGUGAGAUGGCAGCUUUGAGAGAUAGUGAGAGCGAGAGGGCAUGUUUUUAG